AUGCCCCUCGUCGAAGAUAGUCACCCCACUGGGCUUCAAGAACCGAAGACGAUUGCCAAGACCGUCAACGGGACGACAGCCCAUCACUUGGAAAGCGAAAAAAGCUCCGCGGUAUCCAAUCGACAUAGCAGUGAGGAUGACCUCGCCGUGCUUGCUCUGCGCAAUCUCAUCUUCGAUAUCUGCGGCCAGAACGGCGGCGGUCAUGGUGGCUCAGCAAUCGGCAUGGCAGCUAUCGGUGUGGCACUGUACAAAUACGUAAUGCGGUACAACCCUUCAAACCCCGAUUGGUUUGAUAGAGAUCGCUUCGUCCUUUCAAAUGGCCAUACCGCCAUGUUUCUUUACGCGCUAAAUCAUCUUACCGGCUUCGACAAUUGGACGAUGGACGAGCUCAAGGGUUAUGGCAGUGCUAAGACUAACGGAUACACAACAAUUUGUCACGCACAUCCAGAAAUUGAGGUUCCCGGCGUAGAAGUGACUACAGGCCCCUUAGGCCAGGGUGUCGCCAAUGCCGUAGGUCUUGCCAUAGCGUCCAAGAAUUUGGCAGCUCGUUUCAACAAACCAGAUUUCGACGUUAUCCAAUCUCGCGUUUAUUGUAUGACUGGAGAUGGAUGCUUAAUAGAAGGCGUUGCACUCGAGGCUAUAGCUCUGGCUGGUCAUCUCCAACUCGACAGUCUCGUCCUCAUCUACGAUAACAAUCAGGUCACUUGUGACGGUCCUCUAGACUGGAUCAACACUGAGGACAUCAACGCUAAAAUGAGGGCCUGCGGCUGGACUGUUCUCGAAGUUCCCGACGGGUCGUAUGACGUACAAGGCAUCGUUCUCGCCUUACGGUACGCCAAUUCACUUCGCGGCAAGCCUGUCUUUAUCAACAUAAAGACGGUCAUCGGCCUUGGAACAUCCGUUGCGGGCACCGCAAAGGCCCAUCAUGGCGUUUUUGACAAGGAGAGCGUCGCAAAAUCAAAGCUUCUCGCCGGAAUGGACCCGUCCGUGUCGCACCAGAUCCCUGAAAACGCAUUGAGCUAUUUCCGUGAGCGCAAGACUCAUGGCGACCGCAUCAACCAAGACUGGGAUGCUCUGGUAGCCCGAUUCACAAGUACUUACCCUGAGCUGGCAGCACAGCUUGAGCAACGCCGCAAGGGUGAUUAUGGGACCAGGUAUCAUGAAAUCCUUGAUUCGCUGGACACAGCGGAUAUGAGCAAUCUCGCUACAAGAGAAGUCAAUGGCUUGAUUCUUGAGAAGAUGUGGCCGGCAUGCCCGGCACUCUGCGGCGGUGGUGCCGAUCUGGUCAAUUCCAAUAAGAUAUACUACGCUGAGUCGGAUGUGUUUCAUCCCCUGACGAGUUAUUCUGGUCGCUAUAUCCGUUAUGGUAUUCGCGAGCAUGCGAUGGCAGCUAUUUCUAACGGUCUUGCUGCCUACAACCCCGGCACCUUUCUGCCCAUCACGGCGACGUUCUUUAUGUUUUACCUAUAUGCAGCGCCUGGUGUGCGCAUGGGUGCACUGAGUCACCUCCAAACCAUUCAUUUUGCGACACACGAUUCGUUUGCGGAAGGCCAGAACGGUCCGACUCACCAACCUGUGGAGGUGGACUCCCUUUACCGCGCAAUGCCAAAUCUCACCUAUUUCCGCCCGUGCGACGCUGAAGAAACUGUCGCGGCAUGGAGGCACGCUAUGAGCGCGCGUCACAGCCCGACAAUCGUCUCUCUCGGCCGCGACCCUGUCGGCCAUGUCCCUAACACCAGUAGGGAAAAGGCACUCAAGGGUGCAUAUGUUAUUUGGGAAGAUGGAAACGCACAACUGACACUAGCGAGCUGUGGCACGAAUCUCCAUCAUGCGGUAAAGGCUGCAAAGUCGCUUGGAAGGGACGGCAUCGCAGUGCGACUUAUCAGCUGCCCAAGUUUCGACCUCUUUGAUAAGCAAGAUCUUGAAUACAGGAACUCGGUCUUUCCCAUUGACGGCAAACCAAUCAUCAGUGUGGAAGAAUAUGUGGCGACUACAUGGGCGCGAUACACAACAGCCAGUAUUGGUAUGACAUCUUACGGCUACUCUGCAUCCAAUGCAAGCAACUACAACAGAUUCGGACUCGAUGCGGCUGGUAUCGAACGGAAGGUGCGAAAAUACUUGGGGGAGUUGCGGGGAGGAAAUGCACGAAUGGCCGGUUGGAAACAGCUGUAA